AUGGUCGCCGUCUUCUCCCUCGUGACACUUGCUCUCGGCGCCGUCUCGGCCGCCGCCGCGCCCAACCGCCAGGCGAAGCGCAACGACGGCGCGCCCCGCCUCAUGAUCCGCCCCGUCCCCGGCUCGGGCUGCCCGCCCGGCACCUUUGCGUGCGGCGACAAGUGGUGCGCGCCCCAGCGCGGCCAGUGCUGCGACUGGGGAGCGUGCGCUACCGGCUGGUCCUGCUCUGGCGAUGACACUUGCUCGUUCGACACCCAGUCCCCGGCCCCCACCGCCGAGCCGAGCAAGAAGAAGAACCGCCCCAUGGCCUCGGGAUGGUCCAAGUUUGUCGCCCCCACCCGCUCCAAGGCGCACUACACCGGCUCCGUCCGCCCCUCGCGUACCGGCUCCAAGCGCCCCCACCGCACCGACUCGGACUGGUACUAA